GGCUCGGAGCAGCUAGUUCCCAAAUACAUCCCCGGACCAUCCCCACGAUCGCGCUGACAGUUCCCCUGUUCGGCGAGAGAUGUAAACAAAAGAACCAGUUUUUUUGAAAAUUACCAAAAUAAGAGCUAUUUCUGGUUGUGUGCUUUGUGGUUAAAUUUGAUACCCCCUCGGAAGGAGAUCAAGAAACCGCAGGAAGCCCACAAAGUGCCACCGGCGGUGUUGCAUUGUGUGCAGCGGUGUGAGCGUCCGUUUAGGAGUCACUCGCCCGGAGGCAUCAGUCGGCCGGGAUCUGAGGGAAGCCAUUCUGGUUAGAACGCAAAAAGUAAGCCGAGGAGAAAGGGAGGUAACCGAGCGGACUCGUUCAUUUGCCCGUUGAGUCACAGCAGGUCCCGGCCCAGGGUCGGCUUGCCCAGUAAGUGAUGGAUAUUCAGCGAGCGAUGAAUUCGAUGCACACCCGCCUGAAGCUGAUAGCAUUCGUGCACUUCAUCCUGAUCGUUCUGGCCCUCGGCAGUGCCUGGCUACCGUCCGCCUAUCUGUUCUACAACCUGCUCUACCUGGUGGCACUGUUCUGGGCGAUACAUUGCCGCGAAUCGAUCGAUGCGGUUCAAAUCUGUGCCGUCAUCAAUGGGUUUAGCUUUUUCUUCGAUCUGAUGGGCAUCAUCUCAUACUUCCCGUCGCACGGUAUCUUUUCCGCGGUGUUUGCCAUCUUGAAUCUCGUGCUGCGACCGUUCAGCCUGCUGCUGCUGCAGCGCGAACUGUCCGACCGCGGCGGGAGCUUCGAGUUCGGGCAGGGCGGCACGGGCGUGGUCGGCGAACGUCCGACCAGCUACGAGGAUAUCGAUGCACCGCACCAGCAAACGCCGUCGCACGGCCAGGUGAACGUGGGUAUAUUUAAGUGAAUCGCCUCGUUAUGAGCGCCUCCCCCCCCCCCCCCCCCCCCAACGUAAUCGUGGCGAUCGUUGCGAUACCAUCCGCGCUAAACACAUGAAUCUCGUGGUGCAAUGUUAUCAUUGCCGCCUCUUGCUACUCCGUCGAAACGGUACGAAUAAUCAUUUUCAUCACCCACCCAAGCACCUGCUAGCUGAAGCGGAAUCUUUAGAAAUGGUAGCAUGCAGGUACGCGCCAUUUAGAGAAGCGAGGCUUUUGCCUUUUACUUUCUUGUUCGUGUUGCCUUUUUUACCAAAUGCGCACGAAGCCAUAAUCAUGUGAAGUAACGUAACAUCAUCCAGCUUGCAACAUAGUGAGUAGAACAUGGCUAUUAACAGGUUUUUGUUGAUUUUUUAAUGUAUGAUUUACUAUUUUCCCGUUAAAAUUUUAAUAAAAAAAUGUAAUACUGAUCGGAUUGAUCUAAAAAAAACAUAACAAAAACAAUAAGCUUGACUAGCUCGUUAAUUUCUCACCAUGAAGCAGCUAGUUUCGCGUAGGCUGUAGCUAGACUCUUACUUGUGUUUAAAACAGUUGUCAAAACUUAUAGCACCUUGAAAGAAAAAAAAAGCAAUUUAAUGCCAUUAAUUGCCAACAGGUACAACUUUUACGUUUAUUCACAUUUUUCUAUACUUUUAGCCGAGAGAACCGAGUUGGCUGACCCAGAUUGAAGCAUCGGCGAGCCGGCAAUAGUAAGUCACUUUAUCAUAAAUAUGCUUUAUCUUUAUUUCUUUCGCGUAAAAAUAUACACCCACAACGAGAAUUCUCGGAAUAUCGAGAAGGAGAGACACGUGUAAACUCUCUAAAACUGAAAACUUAAAUUUAAAUGAUAUUAACGUAACAAUUUGCUUAAAGACACCCGUAUUUUUUCCUCUUUUUUACGUUACGUAUGCGCAUGUACAGUCGCAAUAAAUCGUCUUGGAGGCAGUAGUAUGUCCAGUUGAUAACGAGAGGGGGAUGGACUGCGUGCAUGUAAAACAAAACAAAACCAAAAAAACUUCCCAUGCCGAAUGCAUUAAUCGAAUACUGUAAAGUUUAAUGUCCGUUUAUGUUAAGUGAUAACGGAAAAUGCUGCCUUGAUAACGCAUUAUGAUUCGGAAGAAUCGUCUCAGUAUGGGUAGGUAGUUCUUGUUCCUACUAGCAGUAAAUAAAUGAGUUAAGAAUUAGAGAAUAGUUUAUUUAAACCUGUUUGUUUUGAAAAUGAUUAGCGUGAAUGAAACCAAAAUCGAAUACAAGACACGAAACACACAAGGGGGCAUUUUGUUACAAUUUUUCUUCAAUAACUGUAAUUUUAUUUUUCAAUUAUAAAAAUUAACACAAAGUUCACUUUGUCCCUCUUGUCCCUGUCGACACAUUGCACUAACGCACGCCUGCUAUCUCCUUAGCUAUUCGCCGAUCUCAUUUCGCAUGUUUUUUUGUUUGUCCUAUAUGUGUAUUUUGUUGUUGUUGCUGUGUGUACCACUAUUUCUUCGCUCCACAUUCGAAUUCUUAUCAAGCUUUCUACGAUCCGAAAACCCUUUCCAAUGCUAGUUGUUUUGCUUUCAUGUUCUUUUGCUUGUUGCUUUCUCUUGUUAAACUCUGUCUGUCUCCUUAAUGUAGAAUUUUGUGUAAAUGUGUGGUUGUUUGCAGUGUAAAAGUGUAUAAUGUAUACAUAGUGUAUCUCUUGCCGUUAGGCUGGUUUUCUUUCAUGCCAUUUUUUUCAAUUGCCUUCCACUACUCCAUGCGAUCAUCGGAAACGCGUCAUGUUUUUGUGUUUGUAUGAGUGUAUUCUGGGUGUGUGUGGGUGUAUGUGUGUGAGUUGCUGCUAAUUGUAAAUGUUACCACUGCUACUUAAGGAAGUUAUUGAGGCCCUCGCCUUGUAAAUCCCUUCACAUUUGCCGGAGAUUUGUUUAGCCCUUCCGAAUAUCGGCAGUUUAACCUUUGCCGCUGUUCCCGUUCUUUAGGUGUUUCUAUAUUUCUGUGAUCUAUGUUUUUUUUGCUUCUCUCUUUUCUACUUUUACGUGUUUUGCUUUACACAUCUCUUAGUAAUCGUAUUUUUGUGUUUGUUUUUGUUUUUUUUUUCGUUUUCUUGAGUCACCGAGUAAAACUUAUGCUUGGAGAUAAUAUGACACAUAGCGGAAUAAUGUAACAAAUAUGCUUUAUUUUUCCACAUUUUUUCUUACCUACCUCAAUGUGUGUGUAUGUGUUUCUUUGUUAAAGUGAUUGGAUGUGUUGUAUUUUCUUUUUCUCUUCCUUUGUUUGUUUUGUCCAAAAAACGGCAGUAUUAUGUGAGAUGUAAUUUUUGUUCUUCUUCCAAUGCUUAACAAGAGUAUUGUUUUCCUUUGCUUUCUCUUCGAUUACCUUGUAACGCUCAAUUUUCUUCUUUGCCUGCUUUAUAGUUUUCCAUGUUUUUUCAUGCAUUAGCUUGGUAUGAACGAACGUCGUGGGGUUGCUUGUUUUUGUUUUGUUCCUCUUAUUGCCUUCUGCUGCUCAGACGUUACGAUCUUUGUCGGAAAAGGGUUGUGAGGAGUUUGAAUGAACAGUUGAUUUUUUUCCAUGUUAGUCUAUUUCCUUUCCCAUUAUGAUAUGAUAAACAUAAAAUGCGUUUUGUCUGUUCAGUUUCCUGUUUGACAUUUUAGUUUUACAAAUGUGCAUGAUACGUGAUUGUGUGUUUCGGGGUGUGGUUGUAUAUGGUAUGUCUAGCGGUAGUUUCGGUAUUUCAUUUCCUUUUGAGUCAGUCGAGUAAGAAUGCUUGUUUUCUGUAAUUUUUUUUUCAAUCUCCUGCUCUUUUUUUUAAACUACUUUUCAAUAACGUUCGCCUGUACAUAAGUCAAUUGGGGUUUAUU